AUGUAUAUCGAUGAUCUAUUAUGUCAAUCUAUCAAUCUCAUUUCGUCUAAAGCCAACAAGAACGCUGCCAAGCUCCCAGUCCAACAAGAGAAAACCAGAAUGGACAACAUCAACAGAAAGCUCAAGAUCGAGAAGUUGAUCCUCAACAUUUGUGUUGGUGAAUCUGGUGACAGACUCGUCCGUGCCGCCAAGGUUUUGGAGCAACUCACUGGUCAAACCCCAGUCUACUCAAAGGCCCGUUACACCGUCAGAUCUUUCUCGAUCCGUCGUAACGAACAAAUCGCCGUUCACGUCACCGUACGUGGUGAGAAGGCCGCCGAGAUCCUCGAGAAGGGUUUGAAGGUCCGUGAGUUCGAGUUGAGAAACAAGAACUUCUCCAACAACGGUUCCUUCGGUUUCGGUAUCCAAGAACACAUCGAUUUGGGUGUCAAGUACGACCCAUCCACCGGUAUCUACGGUAUGGAUUUCUUCGUCGUCUUGGGUCGUCCAGGUUUCCGUGUCUGUCGUAGAAAGAGAGCCAUCGCCAAGGUUGGAUUCCAACACAGAAUCACCAAGGAAGACACCAUCCAAUGGUACAAGUCAACCUACGAGGGUAUCGUCAUUGGAAAUGGUGAAAUCAAAUAA